AUGGGGCUGGCUGCAGAGGACAGCGGAGGACAGCAGGGAGGAGCCGGGGCUUGUGGGAUCUUCUUGGGGCCUGACCUGUCCAGGGUGCCCAGCAGUGUGGGCAGGGCGUGGCGCCGUCCUCUGCGGCUGCUCCUGGGGCUGCCGGAGCCAAAGCCCGCCCGAGCCCAGCCCAGCUGGGAGCCCGCCAGCACCACGGCCGGCGCCCAGGAAGCCCGCGGGCCCCUGGACGGGGCCUUCUGGAUCCCGCGGCCCCCAGCCGGCUCCCCCCAGGGCUGCUUCGCCUGCGUGUCCAAGCCCCCCGCCCUGCAGGCGCCCACGGCCCCGGCCCCUGAGCCGGCGGCCUCGCCCCCCACGGCCCCCACGCUGUUCCCCAUGGAGUCCAAGAGCGGCAAGACCGACGGCGUGCGAGCGGCCGGCGCGCCCCAGGCCUGCAAGCACCUGGCGGAGAAGAAGGCCGUGCCGAACCCCGCCGCGGUGAUCGAGGUGUGCCCCGACACCAGCGAGGUGAACGACUACUACCUCUGGUCCAUCUUCAACUUCGUCUACCUCAACUUCUGCUGCCUGGGCUUCAUCGCCCUGGCCUACUCCCUCAAAGUGAGGCCCGCGGGCGCGCGGCGGGCGGGGCGGCCCUGUCCUGUGGGGGUCCAGACCGGGGCGCAGGGCGGAGCGGCCGGGGCCAGAGCCUGGGGGUCCCACCCGUGACAGGAGGGCGGGCUGGGGGGCCGCGGGAGCCCUCUCAGCCCAGCCCCCCAUGGGAGCCCCACAGGCACGCAGGUGGGGGGGGCUCUGGGCUGCUGCCCGGCCGCUGCUGCCCGCCCAGGGGAGCUCGGGGCAGUGCAGGGAGUGGGCCCUCGCCUGUGAUCGCAUCUCAGGGGGCGCAGCCUCCAAACGCCUCGGGCUGCGGGGGCAGGUCAGCGCCGGUGGGCAGGCCUGACCCCAGCCAGAGGAGGCGGACAAGGCCCUGGCUGUGGACGCCCAAGGGCAGGAGGCCCCUCCCGCGGCCUUUGAGGGCUCCGCUGGCUUCCAGAAAGCUGCGGGCCUCACCCUGGGGGUGCACCAGGCCAGGGGACCCUGACUGAUGGCCGCUGCCCCGAGGGGGUGUGGGGAGGGGCGUGGGCCGCAGGGAGCCGGUCUGCUUUGCCUCCGCACGCCAGGACACAUGCACACGGGCCGGGGCACCUGUGGGCACCUGUCCUGGCCGCCUGCUCCCCAUCCUGGCCACUGUCCCCAGCCCAGCGGAAGCUGGAUAGUGGCGGGGGCUUG